AUGGGUACCGACUACUACAAACUAUUGGGCGUCGAUAAGAAAGCUACCGACGAGGAAAUUAAGAAGGCCUACAAGAAAAUGGCCUUGAAAUGGCAUCCUGACAGGAACGGAGGCUCAGAGGAGGCCUCGAAGAAGUUCAAGGAGGUUUCAGAAGCCUUCGAAGUCCUAAGUGACAAGAACAAGCGCGCGGUAUACGACCAGUUCGGCGAGGAAGGUCUCAAAGGAGGAGGACCCGCACCCGGUGCCGGUGGGCCUGGAGCUGGGGGAUUCUCAGGUUUCAGCGGCUUCCCUGGAGGUUCGACGUACACGUUCACCACGGGAGGCCCUGGAGGCGGAAGAGGGGGAUUCAGUCCGACUGACCCCAACAAGAUAUUCCAGGAGUUCUUCAGCAGUUUCGGCGGAAUGGGAGGCGGCCUUGGAGGCAUGCGGGGUAUGGGCGGCAUGGGUGGUAUGAACUCGUUCGAGGACGAAGACGACGAUAUGGGCGGCGGACACACGACAUUUAACUUCAUGGGCGGCGGAAUGCCAGGCGCACGAUCCACCCGCCCAGAUGCUGGCCCCUCAGAAAUCACCCGUCCCCUUAAAGUCUCCCUAAACGAGCUCUACUCCGGCAUUACCAAACAUCUUAAAGUUGGCCGUCGACUGCUAGAUGGCACCACCGAAGACAAGGUCCUAGAAAUCGCUGUACAACCCGGAUGGAAAUCCGGCACCAAAAUACGGUUCCCUCGCGCUGGCAACGAGCAGCCUAGCACAGGCGAAGGACAGGACCUCGUAUUUGUCGUCGAAGAGAAACCACACGAUGUGUUCAAGCGGGAGGGAAACGACCUUAUUUGCAAGGUGACGUUGCCGCUGGUAGAAGCGCUGACGGGCGGCGGAGGGAAGAAGGUUGUCGAAGCGCUCGACGGGCGCAAGAUACAAGUACCAAUACCACUUGGUAUCGUCAAGCCCGGGCAAGAAACGACUAUCCCGAACGAGGGGAUGCCUGUGCGGAAAGAGGGCAGCGUGAAGAAGAAGGGUGAUAUGAUCGUCAAGUGGGAUGUCGUCUUCCCCGACCGACUCACGCCCGCACAGAAGGAGGGUAUUAAAAAGGUGCUAGGAUAA